AAUUGGUGCUGGCAACAAGGCAAUGUAAACAGGUGAUUGCCGAUGUCAGGACGCGCUGAUGUGACGUAAUUUUCUGCAGCAAAAUGCUGAGAUGACGCUGUGCUAGGUCAACGCUACCAGCAUGGCGAUGUGUUCGGUGCCGCCUGUGCAUCAGGACCUCUACAACGACAUGAGGGCACAGUUUCCGGAACUGCCGGAUACUGUGAUUCAGUCGUAUGUCCAGCUUUAUCCCCGUAACAGAGCAGAGUGCAUUGAACACCUCACUCGAGCCAGCCAGGACCAGCUUUACAGCCAGUUUGACCCGGAGGAGGAGCUCUCCAUAAAUCGGGAGGGAGCGCGUUUGCCGGCCUCGCGAGUGUUCGAGCUCCUCGAGCCUCCAUUCCCUGUGGAUCGGGACCUGCCACCUCCGUACCCCGGCGUUCUGACACCUGUCACGCCUACUACACCAACCUCACCUCACUCGCCCCAUUCGCUGCGCACGCCGCACUCGCCAUCACCCAGUCUGCAGCAGCACCAUCGUUCUCCUCAGGCAACCCAGCAGACACCGCCAUACUUCCCACCUCCGCGACCGGGUCAGCCUCCAGCACGCAUGGACUACAGGUCGCAGUUUCCCGCAGGUAUGUCUGCAACAUCUCUAUAUGGACCCGCCUGGCCACAGCCAGGUGCUAUUGACUCCCCUAUGAACCGACUCCACCACUCUCCUCCUGUUCUUGAUGACAUGAUCCAAGCUCUCCUCACCCACCAGCGCCAAAGGUUCGAGCUGCUGCAGCGAAUGUACGCCCAGCAAAUGCAGCUGCUCCAACAGCUUCGAACACAAGUGGAAUCCAAAGAGGUCAGUCUGAUGAGCAAGCAGCUGGCUGACGUCACCCCAUCGCAGCUGGAAGAACUAAAGACUCUGCAGAGGCGGAACCGGGCGUUAAACGUCGAGUGCCAUUGUCUACUGAGUGAAGUGGACCUGUACGCGCGUGGGGAGGUGCCCGUGGGGGCCACAGACGAUCACUUCUACCAGAGGCUGAACCCAGGCCAGACAGUGCCCCAGACGGUGCAUCACCCAGUGCCGCCUCCUUCUUAUAGACCUAUCCUGUCGCCACCCCGAGUGUUCCAGUCUAACACACCGUCGCCGCGAACGAACAGCAUUCUCUCUGAGGACGAGGAGAACCAAGAGGACAACCGGUGGAAGUGCUCGAAGUGCACUUUUCUCAAUCACCCGGCCCUGGAGGCCUGCGAGCUUUGCGAGAUGCCCAAAGCACCCUCGUCAGAUGUGUGACCAGUAACAAUCCCACCUCAAGUAUUCAUUGCCAGAAGACGGCAGACAUCCAGGGCGUUCGCACAAAUUACAGUGCCCUGCUUCUUGUCUCACUGGUGGUGCGCAUCUUGCGGAAAAGCAUUGUACAGUUGAACUGUUGAGCUUUUUGUACAUAUUGUUUAAGACAUGCCAGUGAUGCUUUGGUGAAAGAUGAUCCCGUGAAGCUUAAGUUAUAAAGUCUGAAGAGAUAACUGUGAGGUUCGUGCAUUCCAUACGUUUGUAGCGACUUGAUUCUCUGUUCUUGAUGUAAUGUAUUUGUCUUUGUUACACGUGUAUGAUAAAUAAACAUUACUGCAUUGAAUCCUUUUGUAG